GUAUUAUAGGCAGAGCUAUUGCAGUGCAAGAAAGCAUUAGAUAACACAGAAAUUGAGAACCAGGUUCUUAAAAACAAAGUGGUGCACCUCGAGGCAAUGCAAAAGGAAUGGCAAAAAAAGCUAGAUCGUCUUGAGAAGGAAUUAGAAACUGAGAGGGCACUCUGCCGUCAAGUACAGGAGGCACUGUUAAAGAAAUUUGCGGUCAUCCCUGUAGACACACCAACACAGCCAGGAAGCGAUGCUCAAAUGGGCCUCCUCCAAUCAGCGCAGGAGCUACGUGCUGCCUGGACCACACUGAACUCCCCUGAGAAUGCAACCGACAUGUGGAUGCAUGAACCAGUCACUGUGUGUCACCAGGAAACCUGUGCCGAACCUUUCAGUUGUACCCCUACCAUUGACAGUGUUGCUCGGAAUGAGGAUACGUCUCACAGCACACGAGAAUAUCAGAAAAAGAUGCCACAUCCACCAGAUGAGACCUGCACUACGUCGUCGACUCCCAUUGAUUCCCAACAGAGGAACAGCACAGCCAACAUUGAGUCCGUCACAGAGGCUCGCCAAUGA